CAACAUGCCCGUUACUUAUCCCGUAUUAUGGAAUAUAGCGAGGAAAUUUUUAAUUUCCUUUCCAGCGUCAUACCUAGUGGAAAGGGGGUUCAGCGCUGUUACCAAUCUCCUAACGAAAAAAACAGAGGAAAUUUAAGAUUAACCCUUACAAAAUUGACGCCAAAUGUUAAUAAUUUAUUAUUAAAGCAUCAGGUUCAUCCUUCUCACUAAAAAUAUUGAC